AUGGCGUUCCAGGACCAGAACAAGUUCCUGUACGCGUUGAGCUCCAACCAAGCUUGGGCUGGAUAUAAGUCGCACCAGAACCCAGCCUUUUUCAAAAACUUGGCAACAGGGCAGUCCCCUUCUAUCCUGUGGUUGGGAUGUUCCGACUCAAGGGUUCCGGAAACGACGAUUCUUGGUCUGCAGCCAGGAGAUGUCUUCGUCCACCGUAAUAUAGCGAAUAUCGUUGCCCCGACGGACAUCAAUACCUCAGCCGUCAUUGAGUAUGCCGUCACACACCUCAAAGUCAAACAUGUCGUUCUCUGUGGUCAUUCGGCGUGUGGUGGUGCCAAGGCGGCAUUGGGCGAUUCCCGCGUUGGAGGUGUGCUCGACACAUGGUUGACACCGCUGAAGGCCGUGCGGGCUCAGAAUAUCGAAGAACUUGCCGCUAUCAAAGAUGAGGAUAUACGCGCCAUCCGCAUUGCCGAAAUGAAUGUCGAAGCUGGCGUCCGAGUUCUGAUGGCCAACUUCGCUAUUCAAGAGGCAGUAAAGGAGCGUGGUCUUACAGUUCACGGAUGUCUUUUUGACAUUGCCAGUGGCCGGAUCAGAGAUUUAGGUUUUGGCACACGUGGCGUAGAGGGGAGAGGCAUGAUUGCGAACGGCGACGAGGACAUUGUUCGCGGAAAACAUGCUCAGCUGGUUUUCCGCGAUGGAGACGCCUCGAUGCAAGUGCAAUGA